GAAAAAAAGUGAUGAUUCUGAACUUGUCCAGAAAAAAUUGUUGUAAACAUCCACGUCACUAGACGGCCAUCUUGUCGCGAUACACCGUUCGUGGCCACCCGGCACGUCAAAUAUUUUUCAAAUCAAUUUCUGUCAAUUUCUGUGAAGUAUAUUAUAGAAAUGGAGAACAUAUAUCGAGUACCAUUCAUCGUUCUACAGGUUCCAAAUUUAAAAAUAAAAAAACCAUCAUGGUUUGUGCAACCGAGUUCUAUGGUUAUGUUCGCACUGAUUCUCUUCUCGUACUUCCUCGUCACCGGAGGAAUUAUAUACGACGUCAUCGUGGAACCUCCAAGUGUCGGCUCAACAACAGAUGAGCAUGGGCACUCUCGCCCGGUUGCAUUUAUGCCAUACCGUGUGAACGGUCAAUAUAUAAUGGAGGGGUUAGCUUCUAGCUUUCUAUUCACUCUAGGAGGCUUAGGAUUUAUUGUAUUGGACCAGACGCACAGUCCAUCAACCCCGAAGCUCAACAGAAUUCUUUUGAUCAGCGUAGGGUUCAUAUCCAUCAUCGUUUCAUUUUUCACCUGUUGGAUAUUCAUGCGCAUGAAGUUACCAGGAUACCUUCAGUCGUAAAAAAGAAGAUUGCUCUCUGUAACAAAACUGUACACACAUUUUUAUACAUGCGUUAUAAAGCAGUUUUUACUUUAACAAAGAAUAAGAGUUAAAUAAAUAACAAACAGCACUCGUUACACAUAUUUGUAUAUUCUCAUUUUUAUUUAAAAUAUCAUAUCGAUAGAUAGAAUUGAGUGAAAAAUAUAUGAGACUUGAGACUAUAUCAAAUAAGAAAGGAUAAUGUAGAAUAACGUAAAUGACAGAGUCUUUAAAAUUAUCUAUGCUUAAAAUAUUACUCUAACUCUCAGAUUCGUAAAUCUGGGUAUUUGGCAACUUGAAUAAAAAUUUUGUGCACUUGUAUAAUUGUAUAAAACUGAUCAUACUUUUUCAAGAUAAAUAGUCAAUGAAUUAAUAGUCUAUCAAUAAAAAUUGAGAUCUGUGUCAAGAUUUGACUAAUCCUAACUCCAAAUACAUACAUACUCAUAUGGAACUACAUGUAUAAUUGUAAAUGCUUACUGGAGUACAAAAUACUAAACUAACAUCUGUAACGAAAUUGUACUAAAAACAUGACAA